CACCACUGGACCUCGACCCCACACCUCGCACAGUCCUUACCAGCACACGGCGAUGGGCGCUCCGCUCCUCCCAACCUGUCAUUCUGAAUGCGCGUCAACCUCGCCGCCUUGCACAGCUCGCUCUUCACGGCACUCUCGGUCCUCUUCCUCCCGUCGUGCUUGGCAUCCAACAUGUCCCCGGCCUCCCAGCUCUGCGCCUCCAGACACGACCUGGCCUAUGCUACGAGGCGUGCGAGUCGAAUUUGCACGACAUACGGUUCGUCGACGAGCACGCAAAGAGGAACAAGUGCACACGGCGCUCGUCGAGCGUCCUCUGGCUCACCUUGGUUGUCCACUGUAUGGACGAGUGGUGUGACGACAGCAGCAUGCACGAGGGGCACGGCGUCAUGAGGGAUACAUUCCUCCACGAGGCCACCUUAGACAUCGGGACCGACCCAGACAAGAACCGCAACGCGACGCUUCUCGUCUCGUGCCAAGACCUCCACACCCUCGGCAGCGAGGCUGAGAAGCGCACAUUCAACACGACGAUCUUGCCCAAGCGGCACGAUUGGGAGGUGGAGUACAAUACCUUGCACACAUGGGACGUCAACAUGAUCUACCACCACGGAUUCGACGGUACUAAGUACACGUCGCUGGCAGACCCCGGCUCGCUCGAUCUCGCGGGUGGGUCCUGGUCACAACGCUGCAUGACAUGGUACCGGCAACACAUCGGCACUCCGGCUCUGUUCGGGUACCGGCACGUCCAGUCGGCUUGGGGCGGCCGGGCAUCGUUGUCGACCGGAUUGGAGAGCAUCGUCGCGGCGGACCUCGACGACAUCACUCACCCCGUCAGCUUCCCCUACCUCAUGUCUUUUCUCGACACAGUCAACGUCGGCACUGCCAGGCUCUGGAACCUCGAACGCGACCUCCACCUCAACUCACAGCAGUUUGCCAAUGUUACUCGUGUCUUCUUCGUGUCCUGCUUGACCGGAGGCGACUGGUGGAGGCGACCGGCGGCGACUGGACGAUGGAGACUGAUGGCGAGUAGUGGUUGAGACUGAUGGCGACGGCUGGCUACUGCGUACUAUACACUAGGCUCCACUAGGCCCAAGCUCUAACAUGUUAGGCGCGGUGGUGAUGUCUCCUGAGCGGACUACGAGACAGCGGCCAGAUGGCAGCGAAGGGGGUCGAGGUGUGACCGUAGCACAAGGAUGAACUAAGGCGGGGUACCAUCAUCAGAG